AUGGCCAAUAAUAAUUUAUCACCGACAUCAUCAACAACAAUAACUACUUUUCAAUAUUCAUCUGAAUCAAAAAAUAUUAUUUGUGAUUAUCUUGACAAUGACGACGAAGAAGAAGAAGAAGAUGAUGAUGAUGAACCUAUUCCUAUAACAUAUAUAGAACAACAACAACAAUCAAUAUUAUAUAAUAAUCAAACAUUACAAUCAAAAGAACAAUAUAAUGUUGUAUUUAAUGAAUAUGAAGAACAAACAUCAGCAUUUUUAGUUGAUUUUACAUCAUCAACACAAGUACCUAUUCAACGUGUUUCAUCUGAAGAUGAAUUCAAUUUUUAUGUUAAACGUAAACGUGCAAAAUUUAUUGGUCCUUAUCUAUUUGGUGAUGUUAUUGGACAAGGUUCAUAUGCAAAAGUAAAAGAAUGUUUAGAUAGUCGUAAUUUAUGUCGACGUGCUGUUAAAAUUAUGCAACGACGUCGUUUACGUAAAACACCACAUGGUGAACAAAUGGCUGCAACAGAAAUACGUUUAUUAAAAAAAUUAAAUCAUCCAAAUAUAAUACAUUUAUAUGAUUUUAUAAGAAAUGAUGAAAAACAAAAAUUAUAUUUAUUUAUUGAUUUAUGUGUUGUUUCAUUACAAGAUAUGCUCGAUACUAAUGAACAAAAAGCAUUUCCUAUAUGGCAAGCUCAUGGUUAUUUUGUACAAUUAAUUAAUGGUUUAGAAUAUCUCCAUUCGAAAUUUAUUAUUCAUAAUGAUAUUAAACCAGGAAAUCUAUUGAUAACUGUUGAUCAUCAAUUAAAAAUUACUGAUUUUGGAACAGCUGAACAACUUGAUAUGUUUAGUGCUGAUGAUACAACUAAACGAAGUCAAGGUACUCCUGCAUUUCAAUGUCCUGAAAUUGCUAAUGGUGAAGAUACAUAUAAUGGAUUUUCAAUUGAUAUAUGGUCAUGUGGUGUAACAUUAUAUAAUCUUGUUACAGGACGAUUACCAUUUGAAGCUGAUAAUAUUUAUUUAUUAUUUCAAACAAUUGGUAAAGGUGUUUAUACAAUACCAAAUGAUAUUGAAUCACAUCUAGCUGCACUUAUUAAUGGUUUAUUACAUAUUAAUAAUCGUUCACGUUUUACAUUAGAACAAAUAAAACAACAUGAUUGGUUUCGAAGACGACCACCACGUACAUUUGAAUUUUUAUCAUUUCCUAGUUUAGCAUUAAAUCGUUUUCAAACAUUUACACUGUAUGAUUAUUUAAGUGAAUUACAUCAAUCAACAAUUCUAUCUGAAACUAAUAAUAAUGAAGAUGAACAAAUGAAAAUAUCUGAUCAUUCUGUUUCAAAUGUAAAUUCAUUAAAUGAUAAUCGACAUGAAGAACAACAAGUACAAGAACAAGAACAAGGACACGAACAAGAACAAAAUGGUCGAUCAACACUUAAUUGUAAUUGUAGUCAAACAAUAAGUGGUCAAAAUAUUCAUCAAAUUAAAACACAAAAUUAUUGGAAUACCAUGUGUUUGGAUAUAUGA